AUGGAGGAUGCGGUCCGUCCAAAUGAGCAAGAAUUUAAGGCUAUGUACGAGAGAGGCUAUUGCACUUGGUUCAGUCUUUACGAGAUGACAAUUGUAGAUGCCAAAACCGGUCUUCCUUGGUGGGAUUGUCUAUUUCAGCUCGAGAAUGAAUUUCUCAACCACCCUUCUUUCCCAGGAAACGUUACAGUAGACGCGUCAUUUUCGAAUACUGUUAUUGCAACGGAGAAGGGGGUUGGAAUACUUCUAUUAAAAGCGAUAGAGGCCACAUCCUCUACUCACCCUGGCAUACAAAGCUUCACGGAAUAUCGCCCCCUUCCAGCUCAAUAUCGUGCGGCAUCAUUCGCUACUGCCUUGAGCUAUCUUUCUAGCUACUGCGAAUUCUACCAAGUGGCUGAGCAGAGCCAUGCUGCUUUAGCUGCAACAUUACUUCUCCCUGUAGCUAGAUUCGACAACAGAACGGUUCAGUUACCGACCCCUCGAGUUCGCCGUAAAGGUCGAUUCAACAAGGAGACGAUCUACAAGAUCCCGGUGUGGAGCGAGAAUCUCAACCAACUAGACAGGCUCCUUACACUAAGCUGCAACGCAGUAGGAACCAAGGCACUUCUAACCAGCGUCUUCUUUGAACCUGGUGUAGGAUGCAAUAUCUGCGGGGCAUGGUUACAAGGGACCUUCGCAUUUCUCGACUCGGAUAUUGUACAGGACCAGAAUAUCCUACUACGUGUCUUGAUAAAGCGAGAUCCUGGCCUGGGAUUUCUCUGGCUGGGUGCCUUUAUCAUCGGAGCACAGAAACGUUCCUUGCAAGAGGCUCGUCAGGCCUGGUGGAAAAUCGACCUUCAUGUAGCAGCAUGGACCGGAACGCUUAUGUCUUUUAUCCAAGAGCCUGUAUCAACACUGCCCCGUGGGAUAGAAGAAAUUUCGCGUGCUGACGAAUGUCGAUUAAUGUACUUGUCCCACGACCAAUACUACACUGUUCCCCCGCUCUUUCCAUUCGCUCCGUUCGGUUCUACAGCGAUGACAGACACUAAUAUCGACGUUCGUCAACAUGCUCGAUGUGAGACAAGUCACGGCCUCGAAUACGAAAGUGUAACCUGGCACUGUCGUGGUGGCCAGCGCUCGACUACCACCGUUCCUAGAAUUCCCUUACGCGCCAAGAAUGGGCAGGCAACAAAAGGCAAUAUCUCCAUCAAUUACGACAAUUUCGAUAACGAGGAUGAUGACUGUUCGGAAAUGGUGACUAGGAACAUUUUCACUUGGCUGCGCGAUGACGACGGCUUUCCUGUCGCGGAGAGGGUGAUUCGUGAACACGAGUGGAUAGACAAUUUGGACUCGGACGAUGACUGCCCGAUUACAGGCGACGCUCAAUCUACAGUUGGAGGCAAUCUGCAUGGAUGGCUGUUGAAGACAAUGACCAGACGGUCCAAUUCGCUCUAA